CAGAAAUCAAUACAGGAUACCUUUAGCAGCGGUGGUGAAAACGAGGGAGAGGCGGUUGGGAGGAUGGAGCGAGGGAGCAGAGAGAGAGAGAGAGCAUGAGGGAGGAGGGGGUGGGGGGUGGUAAUGUGUGAGUAGCGGGUGCUCUCUCGCUUCAAUGUUGCAGCCAGCGUAGUGGCAGCUCGCUAGAAUACUGGAGGGAGCCGGGUCGAGUGAGCUAUUGGGGUUCCCAAAUAUCGGGGACAAACAGGCAGACAGAAAGACACACAGGCGGAUGGACGGAAAGAUAGGCAAGUGCUCCAACAAGAACCAGAAACGUAACGGAUAUUCAGCUUUCUUUUUAUGUUGUUUCCGUUCUUUAUUUAUUUGUUUGGCUUUAUUUAUUUAUUUAUCGAUUGAUUGCGUUUUAAUUACUGCCUUGUGACAGGGAGUGAGGGAGGAGGAGCGUAGGCCAAGCGGGCACAUUGUGUAGCAUUUCCAAAUGAUUAUUUAUUUCAGUUGAUUAUCUUAAUGCGGCUAUUUUACAUGCAUUUUAAACACGAAUCGCUGCUUUGUAGCCUGCGUAUUGGUGAAUUUGUGUGUAUAUAGCCUACAUGCGAGGGACAGUGAGAGAGUGCGAUCAGCUAUACACCAAAUAAAGUAGAUUAACCAAAAAUAACAAAUCCAAAUAUAUCACAAUAAUUGUUGGCCUUUACGCACUUCAGCGUCUGUUAUUCUUGUAAUAUUAUCCAUUUUAUUUACCAGCGCAAACCAAAGCUAACCACGGUGAGUGACGCUAAGAGACUAGCGACUGUUACGGUGUUUGUUCUCACGCCUGUCGAUAGGAAAACAGUUGGCUAACAUUGAGACUAUGCUAAUAUAAACGCAUACAGGAGAAAUAGAACGAUUAGGCUAUUGUAUGCUACACACUUACAGUUUGCCACGGCAUACGAGAGAGGCAGGAGCAAAAUCAGGCUUAUAAUACAAGUAUUAUUACUAUAUUAGUCCUGAUAGUGUUCUUCUGAUAUAGUAGUGGGAGUUCAGUUGUGGUUCUAUCCGUCUGUGUGUUGGGUCUGGGCUGUUUCAUUAGCCUGAUUGCUGCACACUCAAGGGAGCACCAUAUGUUCUAUACACAUUUACACCCAAAAUCUUGCCGAAGAGAAACUGACAUCCAAAAAUGUAAAUAGAGCUGUCCAGCAUAGCCUACAUGUGUACGCGCCAUCAACUGGUAAGCUAAACAACGAAUGUUCUACGUUUUCGAUACCAAAUACAUUUCAAACGGACGAAGAUACACAGAAGAGGAAACAUCUUGUCACAAUAUUACUGAAAAAUUAUAUUAUAUGAAACAAAACCAGAAGACGGAGGAAGAUCAUGUUUGUUCCCUUGCCGGUGCCGUUCAUGUUUCAGAGAACUGCCCCUGACCUCAACGCCUGGCGUCUCAAGUCCCCGUUGGCUCUACGUUCCGACUCCGAAAUCAGGAUGUCAAAGCCAGUAGAGGUUGAGAACACAGGGGCUGACUCUCCAAUGGAGAGCACAGAUUCAGAGCGGAAUGGUCCUGAUAAAAACCAUCAGCUUCAGCAGAUGAAAAUCAGUCCCUUUCACCUUUCUCCAACCCUCAGCAGCAACAAGAAUAAGAUGGAAGAGUGUGGUGAGAUGUCCCCGGGCCCUCCUCCCCACCACAGCCACGCCCCCUCACAGACGCCCCUCCCACACACACAGCUCAUGCUGACCAGCUCCCAACUGGCAGGGUUGACGGCUCUCUUGCCAGCGCAGCAGCAGUUGUUACUGCAGCAGGCUCAGGCUCAGCUUCUAGCUGCAGCUAUGCAGCAGUCUGUUCAGCAGUCCAACGCAGCUCACGCAGCUCACGCAGCCCACGCAGCCGCCCAAGCCAAUCAGCAAGCUCAGGCAGCCGCAGCAGCCAAUCAACAUUCCCAGCAGCAGCAGGCGGGACAGACAGGGCAGCAGGGCCAAUCACAGCCACAGGGACAGAGCACACAGGAACAGACAGGUCAACCUGUCCCUGUCCCGCCCACUCAUCCCCAGCUCACCCUCUCUCAGCCAAUUCAGCUCACCGCCCAGGACAUCCAGCAGUUGUUGCAGCUGCAGCAGUUGGUUCUGGUGCCAGGUCACCACCUGCAGUCUCCUCAAUUCCUCCUCCAACAGCACCAAGGGCAGCAAGGACUACUAUCAACACCAAAUCUGAUUCAGCUACCUCAGCAAAACCAAGGGAGCCUCCUGUCCGCUCCCAGGCUGGGGCUCCAAGCACAGAGAGACAAGGCUAUGGAGGGCAGUGGGGUCAUGACCUCUGUGUCCUCUGUGACCUCUCACCCCGAGGAGCCCAGUGACCUUGAGGAACUGGAGGUUUUCGCCCGCACCUUCAAACAGAGACGCAUCAAACUGGGCUUUACACAGGGUGACGUGGGAAUGGCCAUGGGGAAGCUAUAUGGUAAUGAUUUCAGCCAGACCACCAUCUCUCGCUUCGAGGCCCUCAACCUGAGCUUUAAGAACAUGUGCAAACUCAAACCACUACUGGAGAAGUGGCUCAAUGAUGCAGAGACCAUGUCCACAGACAGUACUAUGCCCAGCCCCAGCUCUCUGUCCUCUUCCUCAAUGGGCUUCGAGGGCCUGCCGGGCCGACGCAGGAAGAAAAGAACCAGCAUCGAGACUAACGUCCGCGUGGCCCUGGAGAGAGCCUUCAUCACGCAGAACCAGAAGCCUACCUCAGAGGAGAUCCUGUGUAUCGCGGACCAGCUCAGCAUGGAGAAGGAGGUGAUCCGCGUGUGGUUCUGCAACCGCCGACAGAAAGAGAAGCGUAUCAACCCCAACAGUGCCACCCCUCCCUUGCCCAGUCAGCUCCCCCAAGCCCCACCGACACACAAACCCCCCUGCUACAGUCCACACAUGAUGUCCAGUCAGCUCUCCCAGGCAGUGACCAGCCUCAGCACCACAUUGACCACCAUGUCAUCGUUCUCCCCUCAUACCCCCAGUGGUCCCACCCACUCAUCUCUCAGCUCUGCCUCCUCUCCAGUGACUCCUCCUCGCAGCACAGCCAGCCCAGCCCCUCCAAGCCACAGCACACUGAGUCUCAACACAGGCUUAUGGCGUUUGGGUAAAAAGAAUGGUGACGUGUCUAACUACAUCACCGAUUUUGCUGCAAACUUGAGGAACACUGUGAUGGGAGUAAACACAGGGAACCAGGCUCUGAACCAAGCUCUCCUCAGCAACAACCCUCUGGCUACUAUACAAGCUCUAGCAGCCAGUGGUGGCCAGCUGCCCCUUUCCAGUCUUGAGGGGGGCAGUAAAGUGUUGCUGGGUGGUGCAGGGGGGCAGGGAGGGGGUCUCCAGUCCUCUUUCUUCCUCAACCACCCCGCUUUCCUCCACAUGGGCCAGAAUCCUGGUGCUGGAUUGGUCAGCGCUGCCGUAGCCAAAGCAUCCCAGCCCUCCCCUUUCCCCUCCACCAGUAGCAUAAGCCCCACCCCCUGCUCCCCCUCCCCUUGCUCUAGCCCCGCCUCUUCCUGCGACUUCAAUGAAUUGGCACACAGCCCAUCCUCGUUGGGAGGGGCUAAGAUUGAGUGACACAGCCAAGCGCCAAUCAGAGAGGAGAAGGAGAAAGGAGGAAACGACAACCUCGCCUUUCAACCAAAGCUAUCUCUUUUAUCACUCUCGCCCUACACUCUCUCUCUCUCUCCCCCCAGUCUUUCGAUGCCAAAAAUACACAGAAUGAAAGAGAGGAGAGGGGGGAGUCAGAAGUGAAAAGGGGGAGAAGGGGGGAAAGAGGAAGAUUUAAACCAAAAAUCUUUAUCUAUCCAAAGUGAUGGAGGAGGCAUCGUGGGACUGUUUAGUCAAUACUGAGCGAUAUCGCACCUCUCCUUUCUGUCUCUCUUUCUUCCCCGGGAAAAUAAACCAAUGACAAAUAACAGGAUUAGAGUCGUGUGAACCAAAAAUGAAAAAAAUAAACAUUACUGUGUGUUUUGGGGGAAUGGUGACAGGGACAGAAAAAAGAAGUGGAUGAUUUUCUUUGAAAAGCUACAGGUCUGAAAAGAGGAGGAGAUGGGAGGAGGAUUUUAAACCAAAAAUGUACCUGAGGAGGAGAAGAGGAACGCACGAUGACAAAAAUCAACAACUAUACCAAAAUCCCAGAAACCAAAAAUACGGAAGGAAAAGCUUUAUCCAAACGACUUGUACAUACUGAUCCUAUCCAGGACCAGGACUCUGCUACACACACACACACACGACAUCCACAGCCAAUCACAUUCAUCCAUCCAAUCAGUCAUCCACCCAUCAUGUCUGUCAUAGUCUGUCACUCACUUUCACAGCAAUUUUGUUGUUUCUGUGGGAUAUUUUAGAUUGUUGUAAAUGGUUGAUACUGAAUGAGCCAAGCUUACAGGUGUGUCUCUGUUUGUGUUUUCCUACCUCUGCUUCUUUGGGUAUCCUAUCUCCCCCUUGAUUUCCAAUAGUUUACUGAUAGCGUUGGAGUCUGUCAUCAUCAUCUUGUGCCAUUUACUUCAUGUUGUCAGAGAUAAUAAGAGACAAGAGUGAACAAGAGAUCAGGCUGAGUGUAGCAGUUUCCAGCCUUGAUAAAAACCUCUCUCUCUCCGUAAUUACUCACAGCAAAAUGACUCUCUUGAUGAAAUAAUAUUAGACAUAGACUCAAUGUAGUCCUUGUGAAUGGCCAAUCCACCAUGGUGACAGUAUGAAAUUGAGCAUGAUUGGAGAUUUAAACUAGCAACAUUGAGGCAAGAAAUAGGUAAACUGAUCAAAUGUUUGUUUAGUCAUGGACAGGUCUGUCUUAGGUUGUCAAUCAGUCAUCUGUCUCGACGUGCAGUAGAGAAACAGAGAUCAAAACCUGUUUAAUGUUUAAUAUACGUUGUUUUUAUUGUUCAUCAUCCCUCCAUCCAUCCCAUUUUCACUGUCAUUUUCCACCCAAAUCUGCCAUUAUUACACGUUUAAACCAAAGCAUUUGUUACUCAUCAGAGGAGUCAGCCAUGACAUUAACACUCACAUACUGUAGGGGUUGGGGACACACCCUACCCCUCCCGCUGAACCCCCCUAGUUGACCCCUUCCAUCUCCUUAUGCCGGAGAGGGUCACUUCAAAAGGACAGAACCCUCACCCAACAUAAAAGGGGUGCAUACGGGGAGGGGAUCGGAUGGUGCGAUGGGAUCAAACAUACAGAAAGAGGGGAUGUUUUUAAGAGGAUACCAAAAAUACAAACCAAAAACAUCAGAAACAAACCAAAAAGAAACACAACCAAAUAUGGAUGGGGAGGAUGAGGGGAGGAGGACAAGUGUAGGUUUUUACAGACUGGAGCUGACACCUCUGUCUGUUAUCCAACUAACUGGGCUUCAGUGGCCCUCUCUAAACUGUGUAGCACAGAUGGACAGAUGUAUAGAUAGACAUCCUCCCUCUCCCUUGUCUUUUUCACUCCAAACUCAGCUCUUCUUCUCUGGUCCUGGAUGGAGAAAUCUCUAAUGACCUCAUUGAACUGAAUCUUCUAAGUCAGUUUUUAUUUUUCCUGUUUGUUGGUUUAUUUUGUAUUUGAUUUGUUUGCUGUGUCUCUUGAUGCUGUUUAUGUGCUGUUCUUUACUCAUUUGGGAUAAUAACGUAUUCGCUUGCUA